UUUCCCCUACUUCCUUUUCUCUCUCUAACCUUAAAACCUCUAAAGCUUUUUUCAUGGCUCAUUGAGUUUGAGUUUUCAAGUCCUUUUAUUCUCUCCUUCACAAGUUACUAAAAAUAUGGCAGUUGAGCUUAUGAGUUUUGCAAAAAUGGAAGAUCAAAUGGCCAUACAGGAGGCUGCAUCUCAGGGCUUGAAGAGUAUGGAACACUUGAUCCGUCUCAUGUCUCACAAAUCUAAUCACGUGGAUUGCACGGACCUUACUGACCUCACUGUUUCAAAGUUCAGAAAGGUUAUCUCUCUUCUCAAUCGGACCGGUCAUGCUCGGUUCAGACGCGGUCCUGUUCAAUCUUCAUCUUGUUUAUCAUCCGCACCUGCACCGUCUGCCUCUCAAAGUAUAAACUUAAAUACUACUCGUAUAGCCGCACCUCCAGCUCCAGCUCCGGGUGUCCAUCCGGUGACAGCUCCGGCGGCGAGCUUUGUGCAGCAGCCUCAGAGUGUGACCCUUGACUUUACAAAGCCUAACAUAUUUAGCUCUAACGGUAAAAGCUCAGAGCUUGAGUUUAGUGUGUCAUCGAGCUCGUCUUUUAUGUCCUCAGCUAUAACUGGAGACGGCAGCGUUUCCAACGGGAAACAAGGAUCUUCGAUCUUCUUGGCACCUGCUGUUUCCGGUGGAAAGCCGCCGCUCUCAUCUGCGCCAUAUAACAAAAAGAGAUGUCACGAGCACGAUCAUUCGGAAGACGUCUCCGGAUCCGCUAGCGGCAAGUGCCAUUGCUCCAAGAGAAGGAAAAACCGGGUCAAGAAAACAAUUAGAGUUCCAGCGAUUAGUUCUAAAAUCGCCGAUAUUCCACCGGAUGAAUACUCCUGGAGGAAGUAUGGUCAAAAGCCAAUUAAGGGAUCACCUUACCCACGGGGAUAUUACAAGUGUAGCACUGUGAGAGGGUGCCCAGCAAGGAAGCACGUUGAACGGGCUACUGAUGAUCCGACGAUGCUGAUUGUGACAUACGAAGGGGAGCACCGUCAUACUCAAGCCGCGAUGCAGGAUAACUUAUCUGGUGGUAUUGGAUUGGUAUUCGAGUCAACGUAAAAAAAUAGAACAUAUAGAGAAGAAUAAACAGAUAGCGUAGGGAAGAUUAAAAGAAAAAGAAGGGAAGUUUAGAUGUUAGUGAUAUCAAGGCGGUUGAUUUGGAUUGUAAAUUUUUUGUUUUUAAUUGGGAGGAGGGAUGAGAUAGAUUAGCAGAAUCUCAUUCUGCCAAAUCUUGUGGUCAAAGUAAAUCUUAAAAGAAAUUCUAAUUAUUUGUGACUUUUCCAGAACAUUUCUUGUUUUGGUUUUUUGGUA